CACCAUCUACGUCACACAACAUCUUUUGAACUGUCGACAACUUUCAAACGUAUUCAGUAACUUACACUGCUUCAACAAGUGGUACAGAGACUGACUAGACAAAUCGAUCGACAUGUACAAUUCAUAAUUCUGAGAAAGCUGCGCAAGCGUUAAGAAAUCCUGGUUCACUGGCACACGCGGUGCAGGCUAUUCUCGAUUCAGUUGUUUUUACAGCGUCGAUGAGUAGCCACUAUGACGAAUAAAACUGUGGCUAUAAAGAUCGAUUUUGAUGGCCGUAGCGACUACAGUCUUCAAUUAAAUCGCUGGUUCUUAAAACCGAUCGGUGCGUGGCCUUCUUUUCCCUCUACUUCGAGACUCGAAAGAAUCAUGUCCUUCGUUUUAAUCGUCAUCUGUUACAUCAUUUUAAUCUGCACUAUAAUCCCCUGUUUACUCCACAUAAUCCUGGAAAAUGAAAGUUUUCGUAUUAAACUAAGGCUGAUUGGACCUGUGAGUUAUUUGUGCGUUGGUAGCAUCAAUUAUACUACUCUGUUAUUACGAGGUAAAGAUAUACGAUAUUGCGUCGAGCAUAUGCAAGCAGACUGGAGAACAGUGAAGAGGGAAAAGGAUCAACAAGUGAUGCUGAAGAACGCGAAAUUUGGUCGCUAUGUGACUGCUUCAACAGCGGCCUUUAUGCAAGGUGGUGUUUUUUGUUAUUGUUUCAUGACAGCGUUGAGCACAGAGGUAAUCCAAGUAGGUAACGAAACGAGGAUCGUGCACCAGUUACCAUAUGUGAUAUACAAAGAACUGAUAGAUAUCAAUGAAAGUCCUACAAAUGAGAUUAUUCUCUUUAUGCAAUUUUUGACUGGGUUCAUCGUAAGUUCUAGUACACUGGGCAUUCUCAGUAUAACGGUUGUUCUAAUUGCUCACGCAUGUGGCCAAUUGAAUGUUGUUAUGACAUGGAUCACAGAAUUUGUAAAUGAAUCGAAAAAAGAGAAAAUAGCUCCGUUUGAGAACAUAGGGAUUAUCGUGGAACGUCAUCUGAGAACGCUGAGGUAUUCUGUUUUAUAUCGUUCUUAUAUGUUCUUAUUUGUAUUUUUCUAUUACAUUGUUACGGAAUGGUCCGAUGGCGAUAUUCAAAUUUUGUCCACCUAUUCCAUGCUUCUGGCUUCAAUCUGUUUCAACAUUUUUGUAAUAUGUUAUAUCGGUGAAACAUUGACAGAACAGGUACUGAAACAUAAUAGAUCAAAGCCAUAAUGAAUA